AUGAAAACACGGAGGAGGAAGCCGUCGGCGCUCGUCACUUGUUUGGCAACCACUGUCACGGCUGGGCCAGGAAGCCCACAGCUGGGCCAGGAAGCCCACAGCUGGGCCAGGAAGCCCACAGCUGGGCCAGGAAGCCCACAGCUGGGCCACGAAGCCCACAGCUGGGCCACGAAGCCCACGGCUGGGCCACGAAGCCCACGGCUGGGCCACGAAGCCCACGGCUGGGCCACGAAGCCCACGGCUGGCCCACGGCCCACGGGGCCAGGAAGCCCACGGCUGGGCCAGGAAGCCCACGGCUGGGCCAGGAAGCCCACGGCUGGGCCAGGAAGCCCACGGCUGGGCCAGGAAGCCCACGGCUGGGCCAGGAAGCCCACGGCUGGGCCAGGAAGCCCACGGCUGGGCCAGGAAGCCCACGGCUGGGCCAGGAAGCCCACGGCUGGGCCAGGAAGCCCACGGCUGGGCCAGGAAGCCCCACAGCUGGGCCAGGAAGCCCCACAGCUGGGCCAGGAAGCCCCACAGCUGGGCCCGGAAGCCCCACAGCUGGGCCAGGAAGCCCCACAGCUGGGCCAGGAAGCCCACAGCUGGGCCAGGAAGCCCACAGCUGGGCCAGGAAGCUCACUCCUGGGCCAGGAAGCCCCACAGCUGGGCCAGGAAGCCCACAUCUGGGCCAGGAAGCCCACAGCUGGGCCAGGAAGCCCACAGCUGGGCCAGGAAGCCCCACAGCUGGGCCAGGAAGCCCACAGCUGGGCCAGGAAGCCCACAUCUGGGCCAGGAAGCCCACAGCUGGGCCAGGAAGCCCACAGCUGGGCCAGGAAGCCCCACAGCUGGGCCAGGAAGCCCACAGCUGGGCCAGGAAGCCCACAGCUAGGCCAAGAAGCUCACAGCUGGGCCAGGAAGCCCACAGCUGGGCCAGGAAGCCCACAGCUGGGCCAGGAAGCCCACAGCUGGGCCAGGAAGCCCACAGCUGGGCCAGGAAGCCCACAGCUGGGCCAGGAAGCCCACAGCUGGGCCAGGAAGCCCACAGCUGGGCCAGGAAGCCCCACAGCUGGGCCAGGAAGCCCACAGCUGAGCCAGCAAGCCCACAGCUGGGCCAGGAAGCCCACAGCUGGGCCAGGAAGCCCACAGCUGGGCCAGGAAGCCCACAGCUGGGCCAAGAAGCCCACAGCUGGGCCAAGAAGCCCCACAGCUGGGCCAGGAAGCCCCACAGCUAGGCCAAGAAGCCCCACAGCUGGGCCAAGAAGCCCACAGCUGGGCCAAGAAGCCCCACAGCUGGGCCAAGAAGCCCACAGCUGGGCCAAGAAGCCCACAGCUGGGCUAGGAAGCCCACAGCUGGGCCAAGAAGCCCCACAGCGGGGCCAAGAAGCCCACAGCUGGGCCAAGAAGCCCCACAGCGGGGCCAAGAAGCCCCACAGCUGGGCCAAGAAGCCCCACAGCUGGGCCAAGAAGCCCCACAGCUGGGCCAGGAAGCCCACAGCCAGACAGCUGGGCAAACAGCAGACAAUCCGUGAUGGUCAGCGUUCACACCACGACACAGACAAAGACAACCAACCUUCACACUACGACACUGACAAAGACGACCAACCUUCACUUUACGACACAGACAAAGACAACCAACCUUCACUUUACGACACAGACAAAGACAACCAACCUUCACUUUACGACACAGACAAAGACAACCAACCUUCACACCACGACACAGACAAAGACAGCCUUCACACUACGACACAGACAUGGUCAGCGUUCACACCACGACACAGACAAAAACAACCAACCUUCACACCACGACACAGACAAAAACAACCAACCUUCACACCACGACACAGACAAAAACAACCAACCUUCACACCGCGACACAGACAAAGACAACCAACCUUCACACCACGACACAGACAAAGACAACCAACCUUCACACUAGGACACAGACAAAAACAACCAACCUUCACACCACGACACAGACAAAGACAACCAACCUUCACACCACGACACAGACAAAGACAACCAACCUUCACACUAGGACACAGACAAAAAACAACCACCUUCACACCACGACACAGACAAAGACAACCAACCUUCACACCGCGACACAGACAAAGACAACCAACCUUCACACCACGACACAGACAAAGACAACCAACCUUCACACUACGACACAGACAAAAACAACCAACGUUCACACCACGACACAGACAAAGACAACCAACCUUCACACCACGACACAGACAAAGACAACCAACCUUCACACUACGACACAGACAAAAACAACCAACCUUCACACCACGACACAGACAAAGACAACCAACCUUCACACCACGACACAGACAAAGACAACCAACCUUCACACUAGGACACAGACAAAAACAACCAACCUUCACACCACGACACAGACAAAGACAACCAACCUUCACACCGCGACACAGACAAAGACAACCAACCUUCACACCACGACACAGACAAAAACAACCAACCUUCACACCACGACACAGACAAAGACAACCAACCUUCACACCACGACACAGACAAAACAACCAACCUUCACACCACGACACAGACAAAAACAACCAACCUUCACACCACGACACAGACAAAGACAACCAACCUUCACACCACGACACAGACAAAGACAACCAACCUUCACACCGCGACACAGACAAAAACAACCAACCUUCACACCACGACACAAAGACAACCAACCUUCACACCACGACACAAAGACAACCAACCUUCACACCGCGACACAGACAAAAACAACCAACCUUCACACCGCGACACAGACAAAAACAACCAACCUUCACACCGCGACACAGACAAAAACAACCAACCUUCACACCACGACACAGACACCAGGGGGCGCGGGAUGCCAUCUUUCCCGGUCGCCAGAAGGUAAUAUGA